AUGGUGACGUCAUCUCUCCCUCUGCACCCACAGCCUUUCACCUCCUCUGGCCCCUUCUGCCUUGAACUCGAGCCGCUUGCGUCCUGCUGUGCCCGCCUCCCAGGCGGAGAGCUCCCGCGGGCAGGAGUCUGCACCGCCGAGAGGCCAGCACGCGGGGACUCUCCGCGAGCACGGCGCGCUUCCCGCCCGCCCUCGGUUCGCUCCUGCGGCGAGAACGAGCCCCGCCUCCGGGCCGCCGAGAGCAGGGGCGCCGGCCUCCACCGCCUCCCGCCGUCUGGGACCCGGCGCCGUCUGGGGCGCGGCGGCGGCGCGGCACUCGGGAGGCGGCGCCCAGCCCAGGGUCGGUCCCGUCCUGGCGCGGCCCGGGCGGCGGCCGCGCGUCCGCAACCCCACGCGCCCUCGCGACAGGUCGGGGCGAAGGCGCGUCACGCGCUCCGGACAGAGGCCCGAGCGGGGAGGCCGAGCGCCGGCGGGAGCCCUGCCCGGAGGCGACAGCGCGAGGCCUCGGACUCGGGCGCCGCUCGCACUCCGGCAGACGGCGGGGCGGCGGACGCGAGGGCGGGGCGGUCCUCGCCCGGCCCGCCCAGCACGCCCCGCCCGCUCGGACCUCGGGACGCGGGGUCACCCCGCGGGGCCGGCCCGGGGGUCGCGCGCACCCCCGGCCCCUGCCCGCGCCAUCUUGGAGCGCUGAGGCGGCCGCUGCGGCCGUCGCUCAAUCGCAGUUCCCGGGCCAGGCCCCAUGACCCCUCCACGACCCCUUCCACGGCCGGGAGCCGCAGCAGCAGCGCGCCUCGCGGGAAGCUCCGCACGGCAGCCACGUCCUGGCCGCGCUCCGGAGCCGCGGGACACCCGCGCCAGCCGGCCGCCGCAACUGCCAACGAGCCCCGCCCCGGCCCCAGGCCUGCGACGCUGCCUCACACCCAAAGAAGGCGUGUCGCCCGGACAGCUGGGCCUCCCCUAAAAUCUGAGGAGCUCUGCCGCAGACAUCGUCCCCUGACAAGAGCCUGAGGCAUGGAUUCGCCACCGAGAGAUAUGGAGAUCCUUGAACGUCAGGUCUCUUUCUAUCUAUUCUCUGUGUUUUAAGUUUGCAAGAGGAAAACAGAAUAAAUUAUGAUAAUCUUUGUAAACAUCUGCUCUGAAGACAGCUCUCUGGCUCAGACUCUCUCGCGGGCCCCCGCUUUUCCUUCAAGAUGCAAUGAUGUGCGGUUAUUUAACAUGGUGUCAGAGGUUCUCAGCGAUUGGACCCAACCACGUUCUCCAGCUUCCUCUCCACGCCCUCCCUGCGCCCGUGCCACCAUCCUGUCAGAUCCUUUUACCUUCUCCCAGACCUCCCAGCUGCUUUCACCCCCUGUCACAACACGUGUCUCUGCCCAGAACCCCCCAGUUCCUGUGGGAACCGGUCUCAGCUGAGGGAACGGAUGGUUGCUCUGGGCCCAGCUGUGCCCUGGAAGCGCUGAGCAGGAAAUGGGCUCUGCGUAAGAUCAGCACAUCUCCCUUUACCUGGGACUGCCCUGGUCUUAAACCUGAAAGUCCCAUGUCCCAGGAGCUUCCUUAGUACCAGGCAAAAUGGAACACAGUCUCCUUAGCUCUCUGCACCUCAGAAAAUGUCAUAAGGGAAUCCUGCAGGGGGCUUCCAUAUGGAAAAAUAGGGUCACACAGGUAAUAGCUACCACUCCCAAGGUAAUGCAAUAGGUGAGCUGAUUGCGAUCUUGGCUUUAUACAUCCUAUGAGUUUUGACUAGUGUAAAUGACAUGUAUACACCGUUAUUAUUUUUACUUUUUUACAUGUGGCUAUUAGGAAACUUAAAAUUACACAUGUGAUUCCCUUUGGGGCUCCCGUUAUAUUUCUAUUCUACCUACUGGUGUGAUUAUCUUUUAUUCUAGACAAAGGCUAAUGCUUAGAGAUCAGUAUGGCACUUUAAAAAUGUUUCUCACCAAUGAUUUUGUCCUGAGUGCAAAGGAAUCUUUCCGUAUUUUAGAUAAA